GCUGAUGUGAAUCUUGUCUCAUCAUUAUUUUGAGCCUCUCUUAAUUACUAGGCUCUGGAUUAAUUAUUUUAAUCAUGUCUCAAACACUUCCAAUUAAAUUUCAAGAGCAUCUUCAGCUCACAGCAAUAGGAAUCAAUGCGGCCAACAUCACAUUCAAUACUCUUACUAUGGAGUCAGAUAAAUUUAUCUGUGUCCGAGAGAAAGUUGGUGACUCGGCUCAGGUCGUUAUCAUUGACAUGUCUAAUCCUACUACACCGAUUCGUAGACCUAUUUCCGCCGAUUCAGCCAUCAUGAAUCCCGCAUCUAAAGUUAUUGCUUUGAAAGCGAUGAGGACAUUACAAAUAUUCAAUAUUGAAAUGAAAUCAAAAAUGAAAGCUCAUACAAUGACAGAGGAUGUUGUCUUUUGGAAGUGGAUCAAUCUUAAUACUAUUGCAUUGGUUACUGAAGGAGCAGUUUACCAUUGGAGCAUGGAAGGGGACUCUCAGCCUGUCAAAAUGUUUGAUCGUCAUGCAUCUCUUCAAGGAUGCCAAAUAAUCAACUAUCGAACUGACCAUAGAGUUCAAUGGUUACUUUUGAUUGGUAUAUCUGCUUCGCAAAAUCGGGUAGUUGGAGCUAUGCAAUUAUAUUCAACUGAACGUAAAGUUAGCCAACCUAUUGAAGGCCAUGCUGCUGCUUUCUCUAAAUUUAAGAUGGAAGGUAACUCCGAGCCUUCAACUCUAUUCUGCUUCGCUGCAAGAACAGCGCAAGGAGGAAAGCUCCAUAUAAUAGAAGUCGGUCAACCACCUACCGGUAAUCAACCAUACCCCAAAAAAGCAGUAGAUGUAUUUUUCCCUGCUGAAGCACAAAAUGAUUUUCCUGUAGCGAUGCAGAUCUCUACUAAAUAUGACAUUAUCUAUCUCAUCACUAAAUUUGGCUAUGUUCAUCUUUAUGAUAUUGAAACCGGAAUCUGUAUAUACAUGAACCGUAUUACAGGAGAUACCAUUUUUGUUACUGCACCUUAUGAGCCGACUAGCGGUAUCAUAGGUGUCAACCGUAAAGGUCAAGUUCUUUCGGUUUGUGUAGACGAAGAGAAUAUCAUUCCAUAUAUUACCACGACUUUGGCCAAUCCUGAUUUAGCUUUAAGGAUUGCUGCUCGUAACAAUCUUCCAGGCGCUGAAGAUUUGUUUGUCCGCAAGUUUAACACUCUUUUUGCCAAUAGUCAAUAUACUGAAGCUGCAAAAGUAGCAGCUAGUGCACCAAAAGGUAUUCUAAGGACCCCUGAAACCAUUCGUAGAUUCCAACAAGUGCCAACUCAACCUGGCCAAACUUCACCUCUUCUUCAGUAUUUUGGCAUUCUCUUGGAUCAUUUUCAACUCAACAAAUUUGAAUCUCUUGAGCUUUGUCGACCUGUUCUUCAACAAGGUCGUAAACAACUACUAGAAAAGUGGUUAAAAGAUGAUAAGCUUGAGUGCAGUGAAGAACUUGGAGAUUUAGUUAAAGCCGUGGAUCCCACCUUGGCUCUGUCUGUUUAUUUAAGAGCCAAUGUACCAAAUAAGGUUAUUCAGUGUUUCGCAGAAACUGGACAGUUUCAAAAAAUUGUUUUGUAUGCUAAAAAGGUUGGAUACACCCCUGAUUAUACCAAUUUAUUGCGACAAGUGAUGAGAACCAACCCCGAUCAAGGAGCAGCUUUUGCUCAAAUGCUAGUUCAAGAUGAAGAACCUCUUUCAGAUAUUAACCAAAUAGUUGACGUUUUUAUGGAAUCAAAUCUGGUUCAGCCAUGCACCGUCUUUCUUCUCGAAGCUCUUAAGCAUAACCGACCCACCGAAGGACCACUUCAAACUCGUCUUUUGGAAAUGAAUUUGGUCACUGCUCCUCAAGUAGCUGAUGCUAUUUUAGGCAACGGAGUUUUCACUCAUUAUGAUCGAGCUCAUGUUGCUCAACUUUGUGAGAAGGCAGGAUUACUUCAAAGAGCCCUAGAACAUUAUACUGACCUGUAUGAUAUUAAGAGGGCGAUCGUUCAUACACAUCUUUUAAACCCUGAAUGGCUUGUCAACUAUUUCGGUACACUCUCCGUAGAAGAUUCGAUUGAAUGUCUUAAAGCAAUGUUGACUCACAACAUCAGGCAAAAUCUUCAAAUUGCUGUUCAAGUUGCCACUAAAUAUCAUGAACAACUUACAACAACAUCCCUUAUUGAACUUUUCGAGUCUUUCAAAAGUUACGAAGGUUUAUUCUAUUUCCUUGGUUCUAUUGUCAACUUUAGUCAAGAUCCAGAAGUUCAUUUCAAAUAUAUUCAAGCUGCCUGUAAAACCGGUCAGAUAAAAGAGGUUGAAAGAAUAUGUCGUGAAAGUAAUUGUUAUAACGCAGAGCGUGUUAAAAAUUUCCUCAAAGAAGCUAAAUUAACUGAUCAACUUCCUCUUAUUAUUGUUUGCGAUCGAUUUGACUUCGUUCAUGAUCUUGUUCUUUACCUUUAUCGUAACAAUUUACAAAAAUAUAUUGAGAUCUAUGUUCAAAAAGUUAAUCCAUCUCGAUUGCCUGUAGUAAUUGGUGGAUUAUUAGAUGUUGACUGCUCGGAAGAUGUUAUCAAACAAUUGAUCAUGGUAGUUAAAGGACAAUUUUCAACUGAUGAAUUAGUUGAAGAAGUUGAAAAGAGAAAUCGGCUCAAGCUUUUACUUCCAUGGCUCGAAAUGCGUGUUCAUGAAGGCUGCACCGAAGCAGCUACCCAUAAUGCAUUAGCCAAAAUCUACAUUGAUUCCAACAACAAUCCUGAAAGAUUUUUGAAAGAAAAUCAAUUUUACGACAGCAAAGUUGUUGGUAAAUAUUGUGAAAAACGUAACCCUCACCUAGCCUGUGUUGCUUAUGAAAGAGGACAAUGCGAUAUCGAGUUGAUCAAUGUUUGCAAUGAAAAUUCCUUAUUCAAAAGUGAAGCACGUUACCUUGUCAAACGAAGAGACCCUGAGCUUUGGGCACAAGUAUUAAUUGAAAGUAACCCAUUCCGACGACAACUUAUUGACCAGGUUGUUCAAACUGCUCUUUCAGAAACACAAGACCCUGAAGAUAUUUCAGUUACCGUUAAAGCCUUUAUGACUGCUGAUUUACCAAAUGAACUGAUUGAGCUGUUAGAGAAGAUUGUUUUAGAUAAUUCUGCCUUCUCUGAUCACCGAAAUCUCCAAAAUUUGUUGAUAUUGACUGCUAUUAAAGCCGAUAGAACUAGAGUUAUGGAAUAUAUUAAUCGAUUGGACAAUUAUGAUGCCCCUGAUAUCGCUAAUAUUGCUAUUAGCUCUGAAUUAUUCGAAGAAGCUUUUGCUAUCUUCAAAAAGUUUGAUGUCAACACCUCAGCUAUUCAAGUUCUCAUCGAUCAUAUUAAAAAUCUUGAUCGAUCCUAUGAAUUUGCUGAAAGAUGUAACGAACCAGCUGUAUGGAGUUUAUUAGCUCGAGCUCAAUUGGCUGAAGGAAUGGUUAAAGAAGCAAUUGACUCUUUCAUCAAAGCAGGAGACCCAUCAGCAUAUAUGGAUGUUGUUGCUACUGCACAUAAACUUGAUCACUGGGAAGAUUUGGUUCGAUACUUGCAAAUGGCUCGCAAAAAGGCGCGUGAAUCUAGUAUUGAAUCUGAGUUGCUUUAUGCUUACGCUAAAACUGGUCGACUCGCUGAUCUUGAGGAGUUCAUUUCAGCACCCAACCAUGCUGAUAUCUCUCGAGUUGGUGAUCGAUGUUUUGAAGAUACUCUUUAUGAAGCGGCUAAACUUUUAUACAAUAAUGUGUCCAACUUUGGCCGCCUUGCAAUAACCUUAGUUCACCUUAAAGAGUUUCAAGGAGCCGUUGAUUCAGCCCGUAAAGCUAAUUCUACCCGAACCUGGAAAGAGGUUUGCUUUGCUUGUGUUGAUAACGAAGAAUUUAGACUAGCACAAAUGUGUGGUUUGCAUAUUGUUGUUCAUGCUGAUGAAUUGGAGGAUCUUAUCAAUUAUUAUCAAAGUAGAGGAUACUUUGAAGAACUUAUCAGUUUAUUAGAAGCUGCUCUCGGUCUUGAAAGAGCCCACAUGGGAAUGUUCACAGAGUUAGCUAUUCUUUACUCUAAGUAUAAACCAUCUAAGAUGAAAGAACACUUGGAACUUUUCUGGUCUCGUGUGAAUAUCCCAAAAGUUUUAAAGGCAGCUGAACAAGCGCAUCUUUGGUCAGAAUUGGUAUUCCUUUAUGAUAAAUAUGAAGAGUUUGACAAUGCCGUGAUUACCAUGAUGUCUCAUCCAACAGAAGCUUGGAGAGAGGGCCAUUUCAAAGAAAUGAUAACCAAAGUAGCAAAUAUUGAACUUUACUACAAGGCAAUCCAAUUCUAUCUUGAUUACAAACCAAUGCUUUUAAAUGAUUUGCUUUUGAUACUGGCACCUCGAAUGGAUCACACUCGAGCAGUUACAUUCUUUACCAAAACUAAUCAUCUUCCUUUAGUUAAAGCUUAUCUGCGAUCGGUUCAAAGCUUAAACAACAAAGCUAUUAAUGAAGCUCUUAACGGUUUGUUGAUCGAGGAAGAAGAUUAUCAAGGAUUACGCACCUCAAUUGAUGCAUUUGAUAACUUCGACAAUAUUGCAUUGGCCCAGAGACUUGAGAAACAUGAAUUAAUUGAAUUCCGACGUAUCGCUGCAUACCUUUACAAAGGUAAUAACAGAUGGAAACAAUCGGUUGAACUUUGUAAAAAAGAUGGGCUCUAUAAAGAUGCUAUGGAAUACGCUGCUGAAUCAAAGAAUCCCGAAGUAGCAGAAGAUCUUUUACUUUGGUUCUUAGAACGUAAAAACUAUACUUGCUUUGCUGCAUCUCUAUUCCAAUGUUAUGAUCUUCUUCAUCCCGAUGUUGUUAUGGAACUGGCAUGGAGGCAUGAUAUCAUGAAAUAUGCUAUGCCAUAUUUUAUCAAUAUCAUGAGAGAGUACAUUAGCAAAGUGGACGAAUUAAGAGAAACUGUGGAUCAAAAACUCGAAGAAACUGCUUUAGAGCAGAAAUCUCUAGUUUAUGCUGCUGAACCCCAAUUAAUGUUAACUGCACCUCCAGGAAUGACAGGAGCUGCUCCCGGAGUCGCUGGUGUCCCUGUUGUACCUGUUGUACCACCAGGAGUACCUGGAGUUUUCCCUGGUAGCUCUGUUCCUGGAGCUUAUCAAUACCAAGGAUAUAGGAUGUAAUGAAAUCAUUUUAGGUUUUGAAUUGCUUGCUAUAAAAUAACACACAAAUAAUCCGUCAUCAUAGUUAAUUUUUAUUUAAUAAACACACACACACACCAUCAAGAAAAGCUAGAGAAACAGAAAAACAGACAACGGAUAAUCUUGAAGACGACGGUUUUUGUCUCUCUUUUGUUCCAUUCCAACCAAGUUUAAAUAAUAAUAAUAAAUGGGAUAACAAAGGAUUGACAUAUUUCAAUCCUUUUCAUUUUAAAAAUUAA